AUGGCGUACACCCUUUGUUUCUCUCUUCUCAUCUUUCUCUCUUCACUAUCACUUGCUUCCUCCCAGUAUGUGUUACCGGACCACUACUUCAUCAACUGUGGAUCAAACUCCGAUGUCGAUUUCACCAAUCGGAAAUUCGUUGGCGACGUCAACCCCUCAACUUUCUCUAUCUCCGGUGGCCAUGUGGCCGCAGAAAACAACAACCCGGCAACCAACACGCCCGAUAUCUACAGAAGUGCAAGAGUCUUCAAUAAGAAAUCAUGGUACGAACUCGAAGCAGAUGAAAUCAACACUUUCGUAAUGGUACGCCUUCAUUUUUCCGAAUUCUCUUCUAAUGGAUUCGAAUUUUCCAAUUCCAAACUCGACGUUUCUGUCUCCGGUUUCUCUAUGUUAUCCGGUUUUAGCAUGGGCAACGUGACUUGGAUUAGAGAAUUUAUAUUCCCGAUUAGGUCUGAACGAAAGUUUAGAAUCGAGUUUACACCAUCCGGUGGCUCAUCUUCUGCGUUUGUAAACGCCAUUGAAGCUUUUACGACACCAUCUAAUCUAUUCAGGCCCACUCCCAGUUUCCCACGUUUUUCACCAGCCGGAAAAAUUGGUUAUCUGGAUAACUUAACAUCGGAUUAUGCUUUCAACCCAAUCCAUAGAGUUAACGUAGGAGGACAAACGAUCAACGUAGAUCGUGACACCUUAAGAAGAACCUGGAGACCUGCUGACGUUUACAAUACAGCCAAACAAUCGACCAACAGUUUGGUAAACAUUACGUGGAAUUUCAACGUCAAUGAGAAUGCCAUGUACCUGGUUCGAGUUCAUUUCUGUGACAUUAUAAGCACAGCCCUCGUCGAUCCCAACGACGCAUUCAACUUCUUUGUCUACAGUCACCACAAGGAGGAGAUUCAACCGGGUAACACAAUGGAUGUGUUACAAGCUCCGUUUUAUCUUGAUUUGGUGGUGGAGUCUACUGAUUCAGAUCGUUUGAAUAUCAGUAUUGGCGCAAUUCGUGGUAACAAUCAGCCGGUGUUCUUGAACGGAGUCGAGAUCAUGGAGAUGUUGAAAAACUCCGGUGUGCGUGAUCCGGCGAAGAAGAAGGGAAGGAGUGUAUUCAUCGUGGUUGGAUGUGUUCUUGCAGGUGUAGCUUUUCUACUUGUUUUAUUAGCAGGUUUCUUCAUCGGAUCAAGAUAUGGAAAACAAAAGCAGGUGGUGGUCGGAGCAAAACCAGAGUUUCACACAAGCAUAAACGUUGACUUCAAUCUUAGGGUCUCAUUUGACGACAUAUUACAAGCAACAGAUAAUUUCGACGAAAAUUUAAUAAUUGGUCGAGGAGGUUUCGGGAAGGUGUACAAAGGAACACUUCAUGGAACCAAAGUGGCUGUCAAACGAGGCCAACAAGGACACGGUCAAGGCCGGCAAGAAUUCAUCACGGAAAUCAUGGUGUUUUCACAGAUCCGCCACAAACAUUUAGUUUCGUUGAUUGGUUAUUGUGAUGAAAAUAGUGAAAUGUUACUCGUAUACGAGUUUAUGGAGAAUGGCACUCUUCAAGAUCAUCUAUACGGUAAUAGUACAGAUCUCCCAAGACUCUCAUGGGAACAGAGGCUUGAGAUCUGUAUCAGUGCAACCCGAGGGUUGCACUACCUUCAUACAUGUUCAAAAGCCGGGAUUAUUCAUCGUGAUGUUAAAUCAACGAACAUUUUGUUAAAUGAACAUUAUGUCGCGAAAGUCGCAGAUUUUUGGAUAUCACGGUUGGAUAAUGUGAACGAAGGCGAAAUGUCGGAUGUGAAAGGGAGUUUUGGGUAUUUGGAUCCUGAGUACGUUAGAUGUAUGAAACUGACUCAAAAGUCAGAUGUUUACUCAUUCGGUGUGGUGUUGCUUGAAGUGUUAUGCGCAAGGCCUGCACUUGACCACAGACUUCCCGUAAAGGAAAUGAAUUUGGCCGGUGGAAUUUUUGCUCUUUAUUUUGACCUAACUCCUCAUUCAUCAUUCUGCGGUUUUACCCCAAUCUUCCCUUACGCCAUUAUCGAUCGGACUUCGCUCUAUAGGGGAUCCUCUCACUCUUGUUUGCUAUGUCGUUCGCCGCUUGCUCCUUCAAUUGAUAGAUUUUUCUCGAUCGUCUUCCUCCCUACCAGGUUCUGCUCCACUCUACUUCUUGAGAUAAAGUUUCUUAGCUUAGGUUCCACUCCACUCCACUCUGCUCCAGAUUGGAAAGAGAAAAAACAAACAUGCUAUUGUUGGAUUUGAUGGUUCUCAAAAGGUUUUGCCAUUUUGGUUGAGCAUAUGUGGUUGAGCAUACGUGGCGGUUCAAAUCUACAUUGUUUGGUUGUAUUUGUAAUUAGUAUCAGUUUUGAUGAUUAGACAACCUUGUAGAAUAAUUUUCGAUGAUAUAAUAUAUCUAUAAAAUCAAUGUAACUAUUAAAUUUAUAUUUACUAUACUUUACUAUACUUUUAUAUAUUUUUAUGAAUAUUAUAAUUGGAAAAU